AAUUUUUUUAUCAACUUUAUUUAUUUACUCCACCUUUUCCUGCAAAACCCUAAAUUCACGAAUCACUCUGGAGAAUUUAUGAAACAGAAUUUGAGCUUACAGCACUGCGAUUUUCUCGGAGGCCAAGCUCAACUGCUCCAAUUCAACUUCGGGGGUUUCAUCUUUUCACCAUUUCAUACAAUAAAGUUUCUAAUUUUGAAGUUUCCUGCGAGAUUGUAAAAUUUUCCUGCUCUCAAAUCCGCUUUCUCUUAAUCAAAUAGCAUUUCCCCCCCUUUUAUAAAGUUCCUAUUUUUUUAAUAUUUUUUUUGGGCGAUUGGGUGUGUAAGCGUUGGAAUCUUCAAUGGGAAUGGUUUAAGCAGCGUAUUGAGGUUUUGGGGUAUCUUAGUUUUCUCUUGAUUCGCAUAAAAAUGGAAGAAAGAGGGAAUUUUAGUAUUGGGCAUGCGGUGGUGGGUGAUGAAGCCCCAGAGAGCUUCCACGUGGCCCCCAGAAUUGAGAACAACUUGGACUUUACCCGGACCACGGUGCCAGCGCCGUCGCCGGCGACGGAGGUGAAGAAGAAGAGAGGGAGGCCUAGAAAGUAUGGACCGGACGGCAAGGUAGUUUUGGGGGCGGUGACGGCGCUUUCACCGAUGCCGAUUUCUUCGUCGAUCCCGUUGACCGAGUUUUCUGCUUGGAAGCGGGGUAGAGGGAGACCUAUUGAAUCUAUCAAGAAGUCGUCAUAUAAGUUUGAAGUUGACAGUACAGGAACAGGUGAGGGAAUUGCAUACUCAGUUGGUGCCAAUUUCACACCACAUGUGCUCACUGUAAAUGCUGGCGAGGACGUUACCAUGAAGAUUAUGUCCUUCUCUCAACAAGGAUCACGUGCUAUAUGCAUUCUCUCUGCAACUGGCACGAUUUCAAAUGUUACACUUCGUCAACCAACUUCUUGUGGGGGUACUUUAACAUAUGAGGGACGGUUUGAGAUUCUUUCGUUGUCUGGUUCCUUUAUGCCAACAGAGAAUGGAGUUACAAGAAGCAGAUCUGGUGGGAUGAGUGUCUCUUUGGCUGGUCCAGAUGGUCGAGUAAUGGGGGGUGGACUUGCUGGUUUGUUGGUAGCUGCUGGUCCUGUGCAGGUUGUGGUGGGCAGUUUUCUUCCUGGUCAUCAGUUGGAGCAUAAACCCAAGAAGCAGAGAGUGGAGCAUAUAUCAACUAUUACUACUACGCCUAUUAAUCUCCUCACUAGUGAGGAAAUAAAAGUCAGUUUUGGUGGUGUAAAGCCUAUCAUGACACCUGCUGCUUUUCAAGAAGAGAAUAUUGCUUCUUUUAACAAUGUUCAAGAUUCUAGGAACUCAUCUGCUGAUGAUAAAGAUCCUUUACCUGAAAAGGAGUCUAACCUGAGCCAAUCAAAUGCUGAGGCUGCAUGCUAAAUAUGUUCCUGUGAAUUAUUUGAUAUUAUGCAGAGUCAACCUCAUUUAGACUCACUCAUGCUUGACUCAUAGCUGACAAUUAACCUACAAAGACAACUCUGAUAGUCAAAUGAGUGUCACACGAUGGUUUUGACGCAAAAGUUGCAAUCUUUGGGUUUAGGUGUUAGUUGGCAAAUCUAUUUGUUAGGUUUCCAUGUCUCCGUUCUACAGAUGUAUCUUUAAUAUUGUUUACUCAUUGUUGUAGCAAAUUAGAUGUAGGAUAUAUGCUGUGUCUUUUUUUUUUUUUUCCUUAUUUGUAUUCUAUAUGGAUGUUACAAAUGUGAGUGGAUGCGAGUGUUUCUGAACUGUGAUUCAAUAUUAUUUUGUUGUGAAAGAAGAAAUUGCAUCUCAGUCUUUUAGGCUUGCUUUCUUUUGGUACUAUGAGUCUUUGCUCAAAAUUAUCUCCAGGACACGGGAACUAAUAGAUAUCUCCAAUCCCUUGAAAUUAUUUUGCCAAACACUUUAGAUUUUGGUCAAGUAAAAAAUGCACAAGAUUAUGAUUAUUGUUUAGUUUAUGAUAAUUGAAAAGAUGCAUAAGGGAUUGAUGCAGAGAUUAUAUGUCUUCAAUCUUAUCAAACAACUCUAGAAUGUUUUAACCAGCACCUAUUAUGCCUACCUAAUUGUGUUCAAUACCCAAAUUUUAACUCUAGGGUGGGUGUAUCAAUUUUGAAUUUGUUUCUAAAUUUUAGCCAUGCACAAGACUAUUGGAAGUUUGAUGUUCUUCAUCUUGUAUACAUAUUUUCUUGUCAUACAAUUGUGGUAAUAUAUAAGUAAUUAUCUGUCUUUUAUCUCGAUCUUUUUUUUUUUCCUAAACUAAUCUUAAUUGAGACCAAAAUAUAGCCUAAAAUAUCACAGCUUCCAGUUAAUCAUGAUAUUUACACGACCAAAUAAACUUUAGGAUCAUUUCAUUUAAAAUUGUUUUCACAAACGCUUUAAUAUGAAUUGAUUUUAAAGUAUCAAAUUGUCUAAAACAUUGAUUUUUCCAUAUAUAAAUUUAUUGUAUUAGAAUAGCAACAGUUUCGCUGCAUUUCUUGCAGUUUACCAUAUCUUGCGCUUUAUGAUGGUCUACCCCGUUUCAACAUCUUUUCCACAUAUGCUGCUUCGUAGCAUGCAUUUAUGCGUCUUACUUUUUUCUCCUUAUCCAUGUGACUCAGAACUUAGCAAGAAUUUAGUUCCAAAACACUCAAGAAAGAGUAAAUUUCAGUCAGAACUCAGAACCAUGGAAAAUCAGUACUCACUUCUAAUCUAAAUACCUUGUUUUAAGAUACUAAAUUCAAGGAUACAACAAAACUUAAAAUAUAAUUUUACAAAUGUUUCAAGAAUGAGGGAAAUAGCCCCACAAACAGGUAAAUCUCAACAUCCUCAUUCCAACAGUUCCUUAGUAUUGGAGUCCCAUAGCAAACUAGAUGUGCUCAAAUAUUCUUCUUUCCAUCCUUCAUUAACUCUCUCUAUAAACUCUUCCACUCUUUUCCUGAGCUCAUCAUCUUCCUCAUUGUAGCAAUCAUCAUUACUUUCAGUUUCAAUUUGAUCCACUUCCACUCCUUCCUGGGAUUGUAGAGAUAAUGUGUUUUGGUUGACUAAACACUUGGAAUUUGCUCCUUGUAUGCCUGUGUUUGUGGGCAUGGACAAAGAAGUUUCACUUCCUUGAUCAAAACUCAGCUUAGGCUUCAAGUCCACUAGGAUAAUGACUAUGAUCAAAUUGCAGAAGCAGAAAAUGAA